UGGGCACCAAGACACAAGGCAUCAUCGUAGGUCUCUUCUCUCUCUGUGAGGCCAAAGUUUCCCUCCAAGCCGACUUGAGCCUCCAGCCAGCGCUACUGGGCUUGGAGGCCACCCCAGACCGCAGCUGGCGCUGGCACAAGGGCUGAGUAACUGGGCCAGGACUUGGCCCCGUGGCUUGUCGCCGCUGGAGAGUUUGGCCCAGCGAGGCCACCCUGCGCGGCAGCUCCACCAAGCCCGGCGGCACUGGAGGGCUGACUCCUGGGCAAGAUGGAGUGGGUGUGGGCGCUCGUGCUGCUGGCGGCGCUGGGCAGCGGCCGCGCGGAGCGCGACUGCAGGGUGAGCAGCUUCCGAGUCAAGGAGAACUUCGACAAGGCUCGAUUUUCCGGAACCUGGUACGCCAUAGCCAAGAAGGACCCCGAAGGUCUCUUUCUGCAAGACAACAUCGUCGCCGAAUUCUCCGUGGACGAGUACGGCCAUAUGAGUGCCACCGCCAAGGGACGAGUUCGUCUUUUGAGUAACUGGGAAGUGUGCGCAGACAUGGUGGGCACCUUCACCGACACGGAAGACCCUGCCAAGUUCAAGAUGAAGUACUGGGGCGUAGCCUCCUUUCUCCAGAGAGGAAAUGAUGACCACUGGAUCAUCGACACGGACUACGACACGUUCGCCCUGCAGUACUCCUGCCGCCUCCUCAACCUCGAUGGCACCUGUGCGGACAGCUACUCCUUUGUGUUUGCACGUGACCCCAAUGGCCUGAGCCCCGAGACACGGAAGCUGGUGAGGCAGCGGCAGGAGGAGCUGUGCCUGGACCGGCAGUACCGGUGGAUUGAGCACAACGGUUACUGUCAAGGCAAAGGAGGAGAAAACCUUUUGUAGCAACAUCAAGGACAUAAAGUUUCAUUUGAAAAUUUCUGAUUAACUCUCAAUCUGCAUCUUUAUUUAUCUUAGGAGUUUAGUUUGUCCCCCCUCCUUCCCUUCCCUUGGUGAAUAUAAAACCUCAGUACACAUCAAAAUCCGCAUGGGAAUGAGUGGAUCUGUUUGCGUCACUGUGGAUCUUACAGAAGUUUCCUGAGGGACCAUUUGAGGCUUGGAAUUCCAAACUUUGAUUUAUUAAAAUAUAGUCAUCAACUUCC